AUGAAAGAAGGAGUGGAUAUCUCAGACUUCAACCUAAGCGAGCUACCAGAAACUGCUCCAAACUUCAUGAAGCAUCCACAAGGACCCUCUGAGAAGGCAAGGCAAGCGAAGAAAGCAAGACUAGGAGAAUCCUCCGGAUCAAGACCUCCAGCACCUCCGCAUGAGCCUUCUGGUAAGUCUGUUUCUCUUGCUCCCUUUGUACAAACACAUCCCAUUGCUUCUUCUCUCCCUCAACCAACACCUAUCUACACUCACUCAGAAACCCCUCCCUCAACCACCAAAACUUCUCAGAAAUUUAACCUUGCCACCACCACCUUACCUCUCUCUGAAGCAGAAAUGCUGAAUGAAACCUCCUCACCAUCUUCAUCUCCUUCCCCAGAAUCACCCCCUACUUCAACAUCUCCUCAGACACAGAACAUUCUGACCCCUCAUCUCCCACUCUAG